UGAAACUAUUGUGGCUUGGCUGGGAAGUCUAUUUUUGGUUAUAUUUCUUAAUUGCUUUUUCUCUUUUCUUGCUGAAGGUGAUAUUUGGUCGAAAGUUAGGUUGUGAUGUUCGUUUAGUUUCUUCACAAAUCAAAGAUGGAGGUCGCAGUAUACAAGUUGUUUUAGAGACGUUCAACGAGAUGGUUAAAUUCGUUAUCUCCAGUCCUGGCCUGCAUCUGGCCAUAAAUGCAUGUGCAGCUGCUGCUGUGGCUAGUGCUCUUGGUGUUCCUCUUGCUCUAGCUUCAAAAUCCUUGUCCAGAUUUAGACCUGUUCACAGGAGAUCAGAGCUCGAAGUAGCUGAAAAUGGGAUUACAAUAAUAAAUGAUGUUUACAAUGCAAGUCCAGCUAGUACUCAAGCUGCCAUUGACUUGUUAAGAAACAUCGAUUGCAAAGGUAAACGAGUUGCUAUACUUGGAGACAUGCUUGAGCUUGGUCCAACGGAAAUCAACUUCCAUGAGUUGAUGCUACAGAGUUGCUGCGAUGCGCACUUUGAUGUAAUUGCACUUGUUGGAACAAGGUUUAUACGUGCAGCUGAGAGUAUUGACUGUGCUCGGGAGAUAAAAGUGGUAUGCACCACUGAUGCUCGCCAGAUGGCUUCUAACAUUACCAAUUAUUUAAAUAGUGGUGAUUUCAUCCUUGUCAAAGGAAGUCGUCAAAUAGGAAUGGAGGUGAUUGUCGACGCAAUCAAGUCUAUCCACUUUGAUAGCCCACUUUGCCAUUCAGUAAUGAGCAAAUAUGAUUGACAGAAAUUUUGCAAUGUGAUGGCGCUACAACAAAAUGUGUAUGCUGGUUCAACCUUGUUCAAGUUCUUUUCAAGGCCGCUCCAUAUGGUAGCUCAGGGCCAGAAGCCGGCAAUUAUGCUGGCGUAAGGAUAGAUCAUCAGCCUUUUUAUGCUUUAAGCGUAGCCAUACGAGUUGACCUUCAGGUGACAGGCUCUUUGUACAGGUAAACUGCUUUAGCUGCUUGGUAGAAGCCCUUGCAAAAGAUGCUUUCUUCAGCUUAGUAUCGUGAAGAAUGAAUAUAAAGAUCUCAAAGCUUACAGUUGUUCCUGUUGCAUUUUUUCUUUAAAGGGUGUGAAUGGGAAAUGGAAGAGGCACCUUUUGGAUUGCACCUCUCCAUAUCACCUUUCCUUUGUCUAUAAAUUUAGAGGUUUGGCCUCAUUUUUAAGAGAUGGAAAAUCUGAAA